AUGUUUGGCUGGGGUGCUGGACUGGCCCUUCCCUCCGCGAGCUCGGAGCCGGAGAAGGAACGAAAACCCCCCGCGGACCCGACACCACUCGAUUUCCCCGUCUAUAACCUUCCCGAUGUCGCCUCCAAUGAAGCCGACUCGCGGCUCGUGGAGAUGUCCGAUCUCCUCGCUUCCAUUCAGCGCCCGCAGGAUAUCUCCAUGGAACGAUUCAGGCCGUUGAACUUACAGAUGGAGACAGACGUGCCAGUCAGUCGAAUGAUUCCCGAGGACACUUCACAUCCUGUCGCCCCGUUGCCGUGGGAAGACACCGCAAAGCCAACGGAAGACAACCCCCGGCCCUUGAUGGGCAACGGGGCCCCGUAUCCUCCCAAGGAACGGUACGAGACCCUAGUGAAGGAGAUGAUACUUGACAACGACGACACUUUCCGCGAGGUGGCUCGACUACCACCACGGCCCGGUCGCAGUAACGUUCGGGUGACGCAGUCGAGGAAAUUCUGGAUGGGAUUAGAGCGCAUGGCUCAGUACUGGGAUACCAGCUUAGAUCAUUACUACGAGCGUCCGGCAACCCCCGAGCCCACACCCCCAUCUGAGGAGGAACAGGCAAACGAUGAGAUGCAGGUGGACGAGGAUUCCAAGAGCAAGAACGGACCGGGAGACACCAUGGAUCUCGACGAGGCACUCGCAGCUGCACCGACCGACACAGAGCCGCGGCCUGCCGUCACAAUGUACACGGGACGUCGAAUGGGAUGCGGUAGCGAGAUGCCCGACGAAACUCGUGACGAGACUAUUCGUGCUUUCGUGGAGAUGGCUGCAUGGCCGUUCGGAUGCCAGGUGACCGUCCCUACGCUGGCUCCGCGAUUGACCACCAAAAACCUCCUGUUCCCCGUUCGACAAACGUUCCAGUCGUCGCGAUCCCCACGAGACCGCCAACUGGCCCGCAGUGGCAUGCUGGAGGGCCCUGUGCUUAUCUCGCAAUGCCGACCCGAGACAUCUUUCCGCAACUCUGGAGAUACCCCAGGCACUGGACUCGGCGAAGUCUGCGAUCUGUUCCGCGAGGUGGGCGGUAUGCUGCUUGCUGCGCAAGAGCGAGCCCGUGAAGGUGCUGUAGAGCGCCAACCCGGCGAGGGCAAAUGGUGGACUACGGCACCUCGUUUCGGAGGUGCGCCUAAUGAUGGCAUCCUGGAAGAUCUCAUCAGUCAUGGGGCUGGAAUGUUCAUGAACGAAUCCAUGGAAGACGUUCGCCCAGCUCCGGAAGCGAAGCGUCGUCAAUUCGAGCAUCCCUUUUCGACCUCGCUUUCGCGCAGGCCUAGUGCCAUGCGCCGACUCACCAGCAGUGAGAAGUGGAAGAUCUUACAGCCCGGGCCAAGCUUGUGGGAUAAGCGUAUGAGUUAUAUGCAGCUAGGAAAGGUCCAUGAGAGUCCCUUUGACGAUAUUUACAUGAUCUCUUCCAUCAACCACCAUGUCUCCAUUCUCCAUCUUCGCGUCCACAGACGCUACCUUGGUAUUCUGACCGACGGCCACAGCAGUUACCCCGCGGACUCGGACGAGCAGCCGUGGCAUGUCCUGAAGCUGCAGCGGACGAGAUGGCUGGAUCUGUUUGAUGCCAAUGACCGUAUAGAAGCGCUUCAGGGUGUCUGGCAGCUUUUCCACCACCAGCUUAGACAGACGCGUCGGGAAGGCGAUGUUCCCGUUGCGAUAGAACUCCCCAUAGAGCAUCUUCCUAUAGAGACCUGA